CCCAGCUCAGCCAAGCGGAUUUGCGACGCCGGACGCCAUUUCGUCUCGCCUCCUCUCCUCUUUCGAUAGCUGUAGCACACCAUCUCCUCCUCGUCGUCCUCGUCUUGGCUUCCUCCUCGUCUCCGGUCCGGUCGCGCUCGAUCCAGCGAGCGGGGGGAGGGAUGGCGGCGGCGCCGCCGGGCGGGCAGGAGAAGGUGAUCGCGGCGGCGCAGCACAUCGUCAAGUCGCUGGCCAACUCCAAGAACGCGGCGGACGACAUGAUCCGGAUACUCUCCGGCUUCGACGACCGCCUCUCCCUCAUGUCCGACCUCUUCCCGCCGCCUCCCCCGACGGCUGUUAGGGAGGCGGCCGUCGUGGAGGAGGAGGAGGACGGGGAGGAGGGGCCUGAUGGUGACGCGCGGGACGAGGAGAGGGACGCCGAGGUGGAGGAGGCGGCGCGGGUGGUGGAGCGGUGGGAUUCGCCGGCGGAGGGGGACAGGGUAGUGUUCGAUUCGGCGGAGGAUGCCGGGGAGUAUCUGAACGCGGCCGCCUGCCUCGUGAGGGCGACGGGGGCGCGGGCGGAGGCGGCGCUGCAGGCGGCGAUGGCGCGGCUGGAGGACGAGUUCCGCCACCUACUGAUCCGCGGGAUGUCGCCGCUUGCCGGGGAGGACCUGCACGCCUCCCUCCUCCGCCGUCUCUCCCUCACGGUGCCGUCCUUCGCCUCCUCCGCCUCUGACCUAGAUUGCCCCUCCUUCGCUAGCCACGCCGGCGAGGGCGACGAGGCCGGCGGCGCGGGUGGCAGGACCUCCGUCUCCGAGGAAGAGAUCUCCCCCUACCUCAUCUCCCCGGACACCGUCGGCUCUCUCAGGGACAUCGCGGACGUCAUGCUGCGGGCGGGCUACGCGCCGGAAUUGUGCCAGGUCUACGGCGAGGUGCGCCGCGACACGCUCAUGGAGUGCCUCGCCGUGCUUGGCGUCGACAAGAUGAGCCUGGAGGAGGUGCAGCGCGUGGAGUGGGGUGUCCUCGAUGGCAAGAUGAAGAAGUGGAUCCAGGCACUCAAGGUCGUCGUCAGGGGGCUUCUCGCCGAGGAGCACCGCAUCUGCGGCCAGAUCUUUGCCGCCGAUGCCCAAGCCGAGGAGGAUUGCUUCACUGAGGCAGCCAAGGGGUGCGUCCUGCAGCUGCUCAACUUUGGUGAUGCAAUUGCAAUUGGGAAGAGAUCGUCCGAGAAGCUGUUCCGCAUUCUUGGCAUGUAUGAGGCACUGGAUGAGGUGUUGCCGGAACUCAAGGGGUUGUUCUCAGGUGAGGCGAGGGAUUUCAUCAAGGAGGAGGCCGAGGGGAUACUCGUGAGGCUUGGUGACGCGGUGCGUGGCACGGUUGCGGAGUUUGCCAAUGCAAUACAGGGGGAGACAUCUCGGAGGCCGCUGCCUGGUGGGGAGAUCCACCCACUCACGCGAUAUGUCAUGAACUAUGUCCGACUGCUUGCAGACUAUAGCCGCUCGCUGAACCAACUUCUUGUGGACUGGGAUACUGAGCUGGAAAAUGGGGGUGACAAUGUGAAUAUGACUCCAUUGGGGCACUGCGUGCUCAUACUGAUCACACAUCUACAGACCAAGAUCGAGGAGAAAUCAAAGCUGUAUGAGGAUGAAGCAUUGCAGAACAUAUUUUUGAUGAACAAUCUUCUGUACAUUGUACAGAAGGUGAAGGAUUCAGAGCUGAAAACAUUGCUUGGUGAUAAUUGGAUCCGUCAGCGUCGUGGUCAGAUAAGACGGUACUCUACAGGAUACCUUAGGUCGUCAUGGACGAAGGUAUUAGCUUGUCUGAGGGAUGAUGGAUUGCCACAGACAAUGGGUUCAUCAAGCGCACUCAAGACUGCACUCAAGGAAAGGUUCAAGAACUUUAACUUGGCAUUCGAGGAGUUAUACAAGACACAGACAACAUGGAGGGUUGUGGACCCUCAAUUACGAGAGGAGUUGAAAAUUUCUAUCUCAGAGAAAGUCCUUCCAGCAUACCGUUCUUUUGUUGGAAGGUUCCGAGGUCAGCUAGAGGGUGGAAGGAAUUCCACAAGGUAUAUAAAGUACAACCCUGAUGAUUUGGAAAAUCAGGUCUCAGAUUUUUUUGAAGGCAGAAGACCAAAUGCUUGAUCGAUGAGUCAUGUUUGAUGGUUAAGGGAUGCUUAUAUCGAUGAUUUUAGUUACUACUCCCUCAUGAAUUCAUUGGUGGCACAAUUUUGGUAGCUUGACCUGCCAAGACCCUUUGAUACACUGAAGAUGAAAAAAAAUAUCAGGUUGCCUGAAGGAGCCGGAAUAAUGUGAACUUGCAAACAGAAUUUUGAGGAAUCUUUAAGCAAUCAGAAUGGGAUACCUAGCUCAUUUGAUCUGUGAAGGUGCUGACUAUAUCAAGGCUCCACAUGGAAUUUAGGACACUGGACACUGCCAUGAGCUGUGUGACUGUAAUUCUUACAUUUUUCUCAUCUUUUGUUGAUUGUAACAUCUCGCUACUUGUUUGACAUCAAAAGAAUGGUUGGUGCUUGGCAUUUUUUAUGUACUUACAAUUUAUACUAGUAGCAAUAUCGAUUACAGCCAUUUGUUAUGUGCAGUUUAGUUUGUUGCUGAUAAAAAGGAAAACUAUAGCAAUUGCAACAUUGCUCCUAU